CGAUCUGGGGAACAAAACGAGUAAAUGAUGUGUUUCGCGGAUGAAGAUAAACGAGUGUUAAUCGCGGAGGAACGCAAGGGGAGUGCAUUGCCCCCCGGCAUGCUGGACUGGGGGUCGCCGCUUUGCAUUGUCUACAUUGUAUAGGAUGAUGCAGUAAGGCCUGUUUCACUCUCUGAGGGACGGAGUCACUCUCUUGUCAGAUCACUCCCCCUCUCCCUCCCCCUCUCUUCCACCCUCUGGUCUCAGAGAUGUACAGCAGCACUCGGGGUGUGGGCCACAUUGAGGGCAGCCCGGUGCGAUCGCCCCGUCUGCCUCGAUCGCCCCGUCUGGGUCACCGCCGGGUUACGAGCAGCUCCUCGGGGUCCAAAACCCUCUCUAUGGAGAACAUACAGUCUUUAAAUGCUGCCUACGCCACCUCAGGCCCCAUGUACCUGAGCGACCACGAAGCCGUAGGCUCCACCGCUACGUAUCCCAGAGGCACCAUGACGCUGGGCAGGGCAUCCAAUCGCGCUAUUUACGGCGGCAGAGUGACCGCAAUGGGCAGCAGCCCAAAUAUCGCGUCCAUCGGUCUCCAGCACGCCGACCUUUUGUCGUAUGGCGGUGACCCAGGCUCUUUGGCCAUGUUACAGCAUUCCCACCAGCAGGGGGUGCUGCUGAGGCAGGCCGUCAGAGGCGGUGGAGGUGGUGUGGAGCUGAUGGAGCUUCAGGCCCAGCUCAGGGACAUGCAGAGGGAAAACGAGCUCCUCCGCCGCGAGCUGGACCUCAAAGAGAGCAAGCUGGGCUCCUCUGCCAACAGCAUCAAAAGCUUCUGGAGCCCUGAGCUGAAGAAAGAGCGAGUGAUGAGGAAAGAGGAGGCGGCGCGCACGUCCGUCCUGAAGGAGCAGAUGAGGGUGACCCACGAGGAGAAUCAGCAUCUGCUGGAUGCCCGCAGGACCAAGCACCUUCAGAUGACCAUCCAGGCCCUGCAGGACGAGCUGCGGACGCAGAGGGACCUGAACCACCUCCUGCAGCAGGAGAGCAGCUCGCGGGCCGCCGGCGCCGAACACUUCACCACCAUCGAGCUAACCGAGGAGAACUUCCGCAGGCUCCAGGCCGAACACGACCGGCAGGCCAAGGAGCUGUUCCUGCUGAGGAAGACGCUGGAGGAGAUGGAGCUGAGGAUCGAGACGCAGAAGCAGACGCUGGGGGCCCGGGACGAGUCCAUCAAGAAGCUCCUGGAGAUGCUGCAGAGUAAAGGGCUCCCCUCGGUGGGCGGGAGGGCAUCUGAGGAGGAGGAGCAGGACAGAGCCCGGCGCAUCGCUGAGGCUGAGGCUCAGCUGGGCCACCUGGAGGUCAUCCUGGACCAGAAGGAGAAGGAGAAUAUUCACCUCCGGGAGGAGCUCCACAGAAGAAACCAGCUGCAUCAGGACCCCAGCAAGACAAAAGCUCUGCAGACGAUAAUAGAGAUGAAGGACACCAAGAUCGCCUCCCUGGAGCGAAACAUCCGCGACCUGGAGGACGAGAUCCAGAUGCUAAAGGCCAACGGCCUGCUGACCACCGAGGACCGCGAAGAGGAGAUUAAACAGAUGGAGGUGUACAAGAACCACUCCAAGUUCAUGAAGACCAAGAUUGACCAGUUAAAGCAGGAGUUGUCUAAGAAGGAGUCGGAGUUGUUGGCUCUGCAGACGAAGCUGGAAACUCUGAACAAUCAGAACUCCGACUGCAAGCAGCACAUAGAAGUGCUGAAAGAGUCUCUGACGGCCAAAGAGCAGCGCGCAGCCAUCCUACAGACCGAGGUGGACGCUCUUCGCCUGCGUCUGGAGGAGAAGGAGUCCUUCCUCAAUAAGAAGAGCAAACAGCUACAGGACCUUACCGAGGAGAAGGGAACGCUGGCUGGAGAGAUCCGCGACAUGAAGGACAUGCUGGAGGUCAAAGAGCGCAAGAUCAACGUCCUGCAGAAGAAAAUUGAGAACCUGCAGGAACAGUUGCGGGAUAAGGAUAAACAGCUGGGGAACCUGAAGGACCGCGUGAAGUCCCUGCAGACGGACUCUACCAACACAGACACAGCCUUAGCCACACUGGAGGAGGCCCUGUCCGAGAAGGAGCGUAUCAUCGAGCGUCUGAAGGAGCAGAGGGAGAGAGAGGACAGAGAGAGGAUGGAGGAGCUGGAGUCCUAUAAGAAAGAGAAUAAAGACCUAAAGGAGAAGGUCAGCACGCUGCAGGUGGAGCUUACAGAGAAAGAGUCCAGUCUAAUAGAUCUGAAAGAGCAUGCCUCUUCUCUGGCCUCAUCUGGCCUCAAGAAAGACUCCAAGCUCAAAUCUCUGGAGAUCGCCAUUGAGCAGAAGAAAGAGGAGUGCAGUAAGCUGGAGACGCAGCUGCAGAAGAAGGCCCACGAGGCGGAGGUCCAGCAGGGCUCUCGGGGGAACCCGGAUUAUGUGGAUCGAGUGAAGCUCCUGGAGAAGGAGGUGUCUUUCUACAAGGAGGAGUCCGGCAAAUCCCAGACAGAAGUGGAGAGACUGCUGGAGAUUCUGCGGGAGGUGGAGACUGAGAAAAAUGACAAGGACAAAAAGAUCGCGGAGCUGGAGAGCCUUGCUCCUAGGCAAGGCAAAGACCAAAACAAGAAAGGUCCCAAUAUCAAGCUUGGCCAGCAGGGGGACAAAAAGAGCACCAACAUCUUGCAGGACCCUCGCAAGGACAACCCCAUGGACAACCCCAAGAUGGAGGAAUUGAUGAGCGUGCUGGAGAAGACGAGGCAGGAGCUUGAAGCCACUAAACAGCGUCUGUCCUCCACCCAGCAGUCGCUUGCUGAGCGGGACAGUCACCUGACCAACCUCAGGCAGGAGAGACGCAAACAGCUGGAGGAGAUUCUGGAGAUGAAGCAACAGGCUCUACUGGCUGCUAUCAGUGAAAAAGAUGCCAACAUUGCUCUGUUGGAACUGUCUUCCUCUAACAAGAAGAAGACACAGGAGGAAGUGAUGUCCCUGAAACGCGAGAAGGACCGAUUGAUGCAGCAGCUCAAGCAGCAGACGCAGAGCAGGAUGAAACUAAUAACAGACAACUAUGAAGAUGACCACUACCACCCUCAUGCCCCUCCUCACCAUAUGCAACCCCAGCCACCUCACAUCCAACCACAACCUCAGCCCCAGCCUCUGUACCCACACGCCCCUCUCCCUCAACAACAGCCCCCUUACCCUCAUGCCCCUCACGCCCCUCACGCCCAACACCCCCAACACCCUCAACACCCCCAACACCCUCAACCCCCUCCACAGCACUCACACCCCCAGCAAGCACCUCAGCCUCAGUACCCCCAGCACCCACAACACCCACAACACCCACAGCACCCACAACACCCUCAACACCCUCAACAUCCCCAACCACUGGGCCCCCACCAGCACCCGCCCAGGCCCCAGCAGCCCCAUCCACAACACCCGCACGGUGGUCCCCCGCCCCAGCAACACCCUCCACACCCUCAGCACCCUCAACAUCCUCAGCACCCACAGCACCCACAUGGACCUCCUCCACCCCAGCAAAGCCCUCACCCCCACCACCCCCCUCACGCUGGCCCUCAUGGACCUCACCCACGACACCCACCACCACACCACCGUGGUCCCGCCCGUGGACCGCUCCACCCUGGACACAGGCCAUCUCCAGACCCGGACGAUGAGGAGGGCAUUUGGGCGUAACAGUUUCCAAACCAAAGCUAUGAUGAUCUAUGGGAUGACUCACUCACAGUUGGAGGUGCAUAGCCAUGUCAUGCAGAUGAAACUACACAUUUUCCAUUUGGCCAGACUCUCCCACCAGACCCACACUUUACAAGGGGGGCUUGAUACUGAGGAGGAGGAGCAGGAGGGGUGU